GCCCGCAUGUGCCGAGGCAAGUGUAAUAGAUUAGGGCCUCGGAGGUCGUCUCGCGCGCCCGGCUGCGUUCUGGUUUGCAAUCAUCACCAGCUCGUCCUCUGCCCGACCGUCCAGCAUUCGUCUGUCUGCGCGCGCUCAAACCAACCUGCCGUCGCUCAGCCAGCUCAGACAGCUCAGUCUCGCGUGUCUUUGGCAUGGACCCAGCCGAGAAGAGCUGUGACGACGACCCCGGCCCGUCGCAAGCGGCUACCCAGCCCUCGCAUCGACGCACGAGGUCUGGUUGCUACACCUGCCGCAAGCGUCGCGUGAAGUGCGACGAACUGCGGCCUCACUGCAAGCGCUGUCAAAAAGGCAACCGCGAAUGCGUCUUCCCUCCAGAGCGGCUGACCAUGUCCAAGAAGCAGCGGGCCAUUCAAGAGCGCAAACUGCGACGCGCUGCUGCUGCUGCCGCCGCUGCUGCUGCGAAUGCGAAUGCAAAUAGCACUGGUCUGAAUGGUUCUGCUGCUGCUUUUGCACCUACUCCCGGUUUUGGAGGCAACGCGCUGCUCGAGGUGACCACUACGAAUCCUGAUCCGCUCACACUACCCUCGAGCGCGACUACUAUCCCAGCUUCAAAUCUCCACCAAAACACAUCGACCACAGUCUCCUCGAUAUCACCAUCACUCUCUUCCAACUUCGUAUCCUCCUCCUCCUCGACCGACGCCCCCGCCUCCUUCUCGUCCUCCUCAACCUCUCCCGCCUCCGCGACAAAACUCUCAAUCACGCCCUCGGCCAUCCCCCUCAGCCUAGUGACCCCCCAACCCAACCCCUCACAGGCCUGCACAGUCUCUCCCGAAAUCGCGCGCCUGUUCAAAUACCAUGCCGAGCACAUCACGCCCUACCACUACUUCCUCUCGCUCGACCCGUUUGACUUUUUCCCCUACAUCAUCGACGCCGCACCGACAUGUGAACCGCUCAUGUACGCGCUCGCCUCGUUCACGUCCUACCACUACGCCCUCCGGCAUGGCGAGCGCUAUCUGGUUGACAUGUUUGAGUACUACGAAAAGUGCGUGCACAGUCUGCACGACGCGCUCGCGCAGCCAAACAUCCUCGUCAUGACCGCCAUCCUCACGCUGUCCUGCAUCGAGAUGUAUCUCGGCGACGUCUCGAACGAGGUCCAGCACCAGGACGUCGUCUUCCAUCUGGUAGAGACAAACUACACACCCGAAAACUUCUUUGUCGACCAGUACCACAUGUACAUUUUCGUCUGGCUGCGCACGAUCGACGUCCGACGCGCGAUGCUGUCAGGCCACUACCUGGUCUUCAACACAAAGUGGAACAACACCCACCGCACUCUGCUCGCGCAGCUGUCUGCCAUCUGCGGCACAAACGAAGAGGUCUCGAUGCAACUUUUGAUUUUCAAGUACAUCGUCGACAUGGGCGCCAUCUUCUCCGAAGUAUGCAAGUUCGGCGCCGACGUGCGCGAGGAAAAACUCGCGGGCCACAGCGCCGUGCGCAGGAUCGAGGUCCUGCGCGUGCGGAGCAUGACCUGGAUCGAGUCCUUUGACCGCGCUCUGUUUGAAACCGACGAGAUUCCCGAGAACCACGGUCUCUCGCAAGAAGAUCACGAGCUGAUUCCGCCGAUAAUCUACAAGCGGCGCGAGAUUGGGUUUAUCAUGGUGAUUUACUACGCCUGGAAGCUCUACUUUUCGUCCUACGCGGCGCUUUCCACAACUGGCACGAUCGAGGAUCCGCAGGAGACGACGGAGAUUGCGGUGAUGAUUGCGCGGAUAGUCAACGGCUUCCGCGCGCUGAACCGGACGCAUCCCGGCGCACUGUUUGUGCUGCACAACUACCUGUGCACGGCGGCCUUGUUCCUGCCACCUAAACUGCACGUGUGGGUGCGGCGGACACUGGCGCACAUCCAGGCGAUGGGGUACAACUUCCCGGAGCAAGUGCGGUGGCAGAUGGCGUCGGUGUGGAAGGACGACGAUCUGUACAAGGGGUGGCUGGAAGGUCUGGAGCCGACGGACGAUCCGGCGGACGGCGUGGUGAUUCCGUGGAAGCGGCUGCUGCAGGUGAAGAUCCCGGAGAUGAACCAGGAGCGGAUGGGGUUCACGACGUCGAUGUCUGAGAUGAGGGGUAUUUUUGGGACAGGGGUGGAUCUGGGUUCGGCGCACAUCGGAGCGUAGAACUUGUACUUUACUAUUUGUUUACUAUGUUGAUAUUUUGAUUUUGUCAUGAUAUUUUUGGGUCUGUAUAUCUGAUUCUGAUUUUUGCGGUUCACGGCGUUCGGCUAGACAGAGCUAUACGAAUAUAAAGGAUAUGUAUAGAGGAGAGUAUAGAAGAGAGUAUAUGAUAUGGAGGAGGAGGAAGAGUUGGCGGAAAUGUGGCCGGGUAACGAGGCCCCUUUGAGCGCGUAGUCGGUGAAGCAGAGACA